CCGCCAAGAGAACCACACAGCACCACCGGGUGAGAGCGAAGGAGACACCGACAGAGACACACAGAGACUCACCCAACCUUCACCAGACCACUGAUCCACACCUGCAGCCGGGCUGUCACUUUCAAGGCUCUUUCUCUUGGACUCCUCUUUCCUCUCUCUCUCCAUCUGUCGCUCCUGAUCAUGUGGAAGGCUGCAGUGUUGACGUUUGGCCUGUUGGUGGCGCUGGUGGGUAUGGUGCAGGCUGCAGAGGGCCACGCUAACUCUAUCUACGGUGUGAAGCUGUGCGGGAGAGAGUUUAUACGGGCCGUCAUCUUCACCUGCGGAGGAUCGCGUUGGAGGAGAGGAGUGGGCGACGCCGGUGAGAUGGGUGACAUCUCCAUUGACGAGGAGACUGAGGCCUACAGCCCAUGGAGCUCCAACGCCAUCCCCGGCCUCGCCAGCAAGCAGCGUCCAGGAUUGGAGGCUCAGGGCUGGGCAGGCGAGGUCAGGGAGGGGGGCUCUGCCGCUGCUGUGUUCAGUCGUUUGGCCCGCUCGCCCAUCUCAGAGGAAGUGCUAGAGGCGCUGCGCAGUGCGGACAGGAAGGGGCGGGAUGUCGUGGUGGGCCUCUCCAACGCCUGCUGCAAGUGGGGCUGCAGCAAGAGCGAGAUCAGCUCCCUCUGUUGAGCACUACCAACACCUCUCCUUUUCAUCCCUCUGUUGAGCACUACCAACACCUCUCAUUUUCAUCCCUCUGUUGAGCACUACCAACACCUCUCCUUUUCAUCCCUCUGUUGAGCACUACCAACACCUCUCAUUUUCAUCCCUCUGUUGAGCACUACCAACACCUCUCCUUUUCAUCCCUCUGUUGAGCACUACCAACACCUCUCCUUUUCAUCCCUCUGUUGAGCAUCCCUCCCUCCUUCCCUCUAGCCCUCCAUCCCUCUAGCCCUCCUUCCCUCUAGCCCCCCCCAUCCCUCCUUCCCUCCAUCCCUCCAUCCCUCCACUUUUCUAUCCUUCCAUUCCUCCUGCUUCUUCUCCUUCUCCUGGAUCAUUGUGUUGAUCAUUUAGGGUCAUGUAUUCUCCAACCUAUGUCAGUAUUAUGAGCAGUUUUUGUGUGUUUAGUUACUGAUAUGACAGUCCAAUAAAGUUGUGUUUUGAAAGUG